CCACUUUUCUGCUUACUUCCAAACUUUAUUCGAAAAGGCAUCCAACACCUCAACGCUUCUCCAGAACUCUCUAGCCUUUUCUCUACCUUUUUGCUUUCUCUCUGUUUCUGCAACUCUCUGGCCUCUUCUAAUCUUGAAUUUUCUCCCUAGCAUGCCCAACUAUAUAUAUACACACACACAUCUCUCACAGCCUCGAAUUCAGAGAAAGCAAACAGAAAAAACCCAACAAACACAUUAGCAUACUUGAGCAACAAAACAGUUUUUCGAGCUCUGUCAAUUCGUCGAACACUUUCUGUUCAAUCAGAUUCGUUUGGAGAUGGCGAAGACUGAAGGCAAGGCUAUUGGCAUAGACCUUGGCACCACCUACAGCUGUGUGGGUGUGUGGCAAAACGACCGCGUAGAGAUCAUAGCCAAUGAUCAGGGCAACCGGACCACUCCCUCCUAUGUGGCCUUCACUGAUACCGAACGACUCAUCGGCGAUGCAGCGAAGAACCAGGUAGCAAUGAAUCCUCAAAACACUGUCUUCGAUGCAAAGCGUUUGAUCGGCCGGCGCUUCUCUGAUCCUUCUGUUCAAAGCGACAUGAAGCACUGGCCUUUCAAGGUGGUUCCUGGACCCGGUGACAAGCCGAUGAUUGUGGUCAAGUAUAAAGGGGAAGAGAAACAAUUUUCGGCGGAGGAGAUUUCUUCUAUGGUUCUGACCAAGAUGAAGGAGAUUGCGGAGGCUUUUCUGGGUCAGACCAUAAACAAUGCUGUGGUUACCGUGCCUGCCUAUUUCAAUGAUUCACAAAGGCAGGCUACAAAGGAUGCAGGGGUCAUUGCUGGGCUUAAUGUUAUGAGAAUCAUCAACGAGCCUACUGCGGCUGCAAUUGCGUAUGGCUUGGACAAGAAGGCGUCGAGGUCCGGCGAACAGAAUAUUCUUAUCUUUGAUCUGGGUGGAGGCACUUUUGAUGUUUCUUUGCUGACUAUUGAUGAAGGGAUUUUUGAAGUGAAGGCCACUGCCGGAGAUACCCAUCUUGGAGGUGAGGAUUUCGAUAACAGGCUUGUUAAUCAUUUUGUUCAGGAAUUCAAGAGAAAGCACAAGAAGGACAUCGGCAGCAAUGCCAGAGCUUUGAGGAGGUUGAGGACUGCUUGCGAGAGGGCGAAGAGGACGCUGUCUUCGACUUCUCAGACAACCAUUGAAAUCGAUUCCCUUUUCGAAGGUAUUGAUUUCUAUUCAACAAUUACAAGAGCAAGAUUUGAAGAACUCAAUAUGGAUUUGUUUAGGAAGUGUGUGGACCCAGUAGAGAAGUGUCUUCGUGAUUCGAAGAUCGACAAGAGUCGGGUUCAUGAGGUUGUUCUUGUUGGUGGGUCUACAAGAAUCCCCAAAGUUCAACAGCUACUGCAGGAUUUCUUUAAUGGUAAGGAACUCUGCAAGAGCAUUAACCCAGAUGAGGCAGUUGCUUAUGGAGCUGCUGUUCAAGCUGCAAUUCUCAGCGGGGAAGGAAAUGAAAAAGUUCAAGACUUGCUCCUCCUUGAUGUCACACCUCUCAGUCUUGGUCUUGAGACUGCUGGUGGUGUGAUGACAGUCUUGAUUCCAAGGAACACCACCAUCCCCACCAAAAAAGAACAGAUCUUUUCUACAUACUCAGAUAACCAGCCUGGAGUGCUAAUUCAGGUAUAUGAAGGUGAAAGAGCAAGAACUAAGGACAACAAUCUUCUGGGUAAAUUCGAGCUCACUGGAAUUCCGCCAGCACCAAGAGGGGUACCGCAGAUCAAUGUAUGCUUCGACAUCGAUGCAAACGGUAUCCUGAAUGUAUCUGCAGAGGACAAGACCGCAGGAGUGAAGAACAAGAUUACAAUCACCAAUGACAAAGGAAGGUUGAGCAAGGAAGAGAUAGAGAAAAUGGUUCAAGAGGCAGAGAAAUACAAAUCAGAGGAUGAGGAAGUGAAAAAGAAGGUGGAGGCCAAGAAUGGACUAGAAAACUAUGCCUACAACAUGAGGAACACCAUCAAGGAUGAGAAGAUUGCAGGAAAAUUGAACUCUGCAGACAAGCAGAAGAUUGAAAAGGCAGUUGAAGAGACCAUUGAGUGGCUGGAUGGGAACCAACUGGCAGAGGUGGAUGAAUUUCAGGACAAGCUGAAGGAGUUGGAAGGUCUGUGCAAUCCAAUCAUUUCAAAGAUGUACCAAGGUGGUGCCGGGGAUGUACCGAUGGGGGGCGGCGGCGGCGCUGAGAUGCCGAGUGGUGGAUAUGGGAAUGCUGGGUCUGGUGGUUCUGGGGCUGGGCCUAAGAUUGAGGAAGUUGAUUGAUGGGUUGCUUACUUGCAUAUGAAUCAUGAUUUUCUGUUUCUGCUAUGCUAAUACGACUAUAUAUAUAUAUUUACUUCUGCUUUUAUAUGAUAGAUGCAUAUGGUUUUGGCAGAGGCAGGCAUGUAAAGCCUCAUAUUAAGAAAAGUUUAGCACUGUAAAUUGUUCUGAUUAUACAAUAUAAUAAAAAUGGAAGCUUUAGAGUUGUUUGCGUUUCA